CAAUGACAACUUCCAAAGUGAUUUCUCAAGAUUCUUCAAAGAUAUCCAAGAUUCGACCUUUCCUCUAUCUAAGUGGAUUGGCACCACUUACGCCAACAUCGCUGAAACCAUUCACUUGUAUCAUCAAUUGUGUGGCAGGUCUCCGACAAUUUGCGCCGUCACAUCUCUCCGUCCUUCAUAUUCCAAUUGAAGAUGACGAAGGAACAGAUUUAAGUCCAUACUGGCAUAUUGUAUUCCGUAAAAUUGAUGAUCAAAAAAAAAAAUGGUGGCAAAGUGCUCAUUUUUUGUGGUCAGCAACCUUUGUUGUUGCAUAUUUGAUGUGUAUGGAGAAGAUGACCUUACGAGAUGCUUAUAAGGAAGUGCAAAAUAUACGAAACAUUAUUUGUCCUAAUGUUGGUUUUUUCAAACAAAUGAUUGAAUUAGAAGAAAAGUUGUACAAUCAAACAACGGUAAAGAUUAUCACACCAAUAAAUGGUAUCGAAGUACCAGAUGUUGUAUGGAAGGAGUUGUACGAUGAGAUGAUGGAUGACAUUGAUAAGAAUGGUUCUUGA